CGGACGCGACCAUCUCGUCUCACCAAUGUCCCUUCAACGGCCGGAAAUGGGUGCAACAUCCUCCGUUGACUCACCUUCUGACCAGCUGCUGUUGGGCCAGAGGGAGACUCAGCCCGGCUUGCCAUAUCCAAUGCCGUCGUACACGUAUCCUUGGGGACAAUGCGCUGCAAUCUCGCGACUAUUCACUCAGGCCGAAAUCCCCCAUAUCCAAUGGGGCGACCAAGUUCUGACCUUAUACGGGGCCAACCAAACAACUAUCAUGGUCGCUAUUCUCGUUCCGGACGACCAGCUGGAACAUCGCUCCGAGCCUACACAUCUGGCUGACAAGCGUGAUCUCAACGAGCUGCCUGUUCACCUGAAGACUAUUGGGGGAGUUAUCUGCCUCUGUCCCUCGAGUAUUCCGGAAGCCGUUCCACUGAGGGAUGGCGAUCCAUAUAUCCUGAAUGUCUCGUCCAACGAGUAUCUGGUGCCCCUCAAGCUCGGUGGAACUCAGACAUGGCGCCAUCACUUUGAGAAGGUAUCACCGAAUGGUUCUCAAUCCGAAUACAGAACCUCCGGCGAUCUCCAGGUCGUACGCCUCUUGGAACCGCGCAGCAUUGUUGCUGUCCACAUUCUCCAUCACCUGCGGUGGACCCAAGGUACGGCCAAUUCUCGCGUAGGAAUAGGGCUGCGGUGGAUGGGUGUGUUGAACCUCAUGGUUCCAAUUGUUGGAAACGAGCGCGUGUUGGAUCUUCUCCCAGAGGGUGAAAUACGAGAAUAUUACGCACAGUUAAAGUCGACGGUAUGGCAUAGAGCCAAUGUAAAACGCUACAACUAUAUGCUGGUUGGAACUUGGAAGUUAACCACUAGAUGCCCCUCGAUCUGUCCCAACUUUCCGAUGCAGCGGGCGGUGCAUGGGAGUCUCACAGCAGGGGCAAACAUCAUGGGCGCUUAUACGGUGGACACUGGAAAGCAACGUGUUUGGAGCAACCAAACAAAUUCCAUUAAAGGACGAACAUCUCGCACAGCUAAAGCGUUGACUAUAGGAUCCAUGGGGCAGGGCUACUCCAUCGUAGCAUCCACCAGCCACUCGAAUACUCUGCCAAGUGACGAGAGAAAAGGAGCAAGAGGCAAGUCCCAGCAAUAUCCCAGGGGAUACAAAAGUAGAUCGUACUCGCCGCCCGCACAUCGCCAACUUGUCCCAGGGCCGCAUGUCUCCCAGUUAAUCCUUGUUGCCCAAGACGCCCGACAACACAUCAUUUCAAACCACGCCACCCUCUCUCAACUUGCCGAAGGCAUGUUUGGAGGCAAGGAUACCUUCCGUAUGUUGGCUGGUUUCCAUGAACCGCUCAUCGAACGUGGAAUCGGAUAUCUACAACAGGUCCACAUAUUCAGCUCGACGAGCGUUGCCCCAGGGCGCUUAGCUCUCGAAGCCCUUGGUAAAGCCACCGCCCCUUACUCCGCAGCUAUCUUCACUCCAACCGCCUUCAUUGACGUCCCUGUGUUCGACACGUCCGGGAAACCGGUCACAUUUGAUGACCAUACCUUGUCGGCGACCGGUAUGCACUUGGAUGAUAUUAUUGCAACGAGGCUCCCGGUUGAGCCCGGUCGUGUGAGCACUUCCACAGCACACGAACUUGAGGAAAUACCCGGCGAUAACCUUUGGCCCAAUACCCAGGACGACAGGCCAACUUUUCCACCGAACUCAGCAAGCAGGGGGAGCGACGGAAUGGAAGGCGGCGGUUAUUUUGAACAAGUAGAUGACGGAGGCGGCUUGAAUGGCAAUCCACAUGAGCCAAAAGUAGCUCCCGAGGAAGGCUCUGACGAUGAUGAUGAAUAUAUCGACAAGAGCGCCCCCGUGCAAGAGAACGCUGGUCCCUUGGAUGGAGCCACGGGGACUGACGAACAGCCACCCAGCCCCCCGGGGAAAGUGGGUGAAACUGGAGGGAGUCGGAUUCACAUCCACGUAGAGGCCGAACUUUAUCGCCUGUCACGCGCGCUUUACAAGCAGUCGUACUCAUCCAAGGCUUCUAUUCCAGCACAGAAAUGUCAGGUUUUACAGCUACUGGCUGAUUUUGAGUUCCAUUCUUCAUCGCAUUCCCAAACACGCGAAUGCCACUUCCGAUUCUCCCGGUUGAAAUGUGGCUCAAAGUCGGGCUUAACGGCCAUUCAACCAUAUCAUCAGAGACUUCUUAAGGUCGACGUUGAUACCAUGGUCGAGCAGGUUCGGAUGUACAAUGUCGCGCCUGCGACUACACUGUCCCGCGACGCAUGCUACACACAAUCCCACGGAUCGAAGUCUGCCCACCAAGCGGCUCUAAAACUUGCAAUGAAGUAUCCUCUUGGGUUCAGUGCUGCCGUCGAGGGGACCAAAAUCAACGAAACCUCAGGAGUUGUCGAGCAGCGGUUGUAUCGUUCAGCGAUCCGACAGGAGGAAGACUUUGGCAGGAUUUGGUGGACCUACGAGGUUGACGACGAGAAUCAUAGGGUGUACGGGAUUGAGGUGGCGCGGAAAAAUCUUCCGCGCGCCUCUAUUGAACUCUUUCACCGAGACGGUCCCCCAUCAAAACCAACGAAACAGCCCCAUUUCGAGAUUACUCUAUCAUCCUGCUGGACUUUGAUUCAACAGAAACCUUCAACGGUCCUAUGGAAGAUAUGGUCGCAGACCGACGACGUCGAACUUCAGUACUCAAACAUUGGGCAGUGGAUCAAAGUGGAAAUCCCGACAGAUAUCUCUGAGGAUUCACAUUUUCUGGCCAAGAUGGAGGUCAAAAACCGUCAAACGGUCACAAUCUACUCAAAGAAGGGCCUCUCUACCUUUACCCCCGUCGUUACUCCUCUUGGAGAAGGAGGCUCCUUCUAA